AUGUCAACCAUGGAUGUCUUUGCUGCCAUGGGAAUUUCUGGGUUUGGAAAGGAAACAAAGAAGAAGGAGCUGGAUCCUUCUCGCUUUGACAAAAGCAAGAGGCAAGAGCCCCAGGAAAAGCCUUCCACUUCAAAAGCAGGGCCUUCGGAAGAACAUUCUAGUCGCGAUUUGUGGGAAGACAAAAAUGGUGAACCCAGCUCUUACGCUGCAAACUUGAACGAAGGUCAACAAUUGGAUGGUGUACACGAGCCAGAGUACGACCCUUCAGAUCAAGAAGAUGACAUUUCUCAGUUUCCUAUCACCCAUGAAAUUUCUCUCAAAGACCACACAAAGGUUGUGUCCGCGCUCUCUUUAGACCCUUCAGGCGCUCGCAUUGUUUCUGGUUCACACGAUUACGAUUGCAAGCUAUGGGAUUUUGGUGGCAUGGACAUGCGGUGUAAACCCUUUAAUACCUGGGAACCCUCUGGAACCUAUCAUAUUCAUGACUUGAAGUUCUCAAAUGAUGGAACCAAGUUCCUUGUUAUCUCAGGAACCUGUCAAGCUAAGCUAUUCGAUAGGGACGGUGAAGAACAGACUACUUACAUCAAAGGGGAUCCUUACAUUCGUGAUAUGAAGAAUACCGCAGGGCAUGUUGGCGAACUGACCUCUUGUGCGUGGCAUCCGAGGGACCCUAAAUUAUUUAUGACUGCCUCCGCUGAUUCGACAAUCCGAAUAUGGGACGUCGAGAACAAGCGCAAGCAGAAGACUGUCAUCGUAGUUAAGUCAAAAGAGCGCGGUGCUCGAACCAAAGUCACAGCGUGUGGUUAUUCGUCAGAUGGUAAACUCAUUGGUGGUGCUUGUCUGGAUGGUGCACUGCACAUAUGGCAAACAAGUUCCAAUUUUGUCAGACCGAACAUGACAAUUGAGGGUGCACACGCCAAAGGAACAGAAACGGGUUCUCUUGUAUUCUCUGUCGACGGACGCACCAUCUUGACGAGGGGGGGAGAUGACACAGUGAAGCUAUGGGAUCUACGAUCUUUCAAGAAACCGCUUGCUACGCGGUCAGAAGUUGCCACACUCUACCCCAAUACCAACGCCAUCUUCAGUCCAGAUGACAAAUUCGUUCUCACUGGAGCAGGUGCAUCAGCCAAAGGCGGCCAGGGAGCACUUUUGUUCAUGGAAAAGGACAACCUCGAAAUUGUCAAGACGCUGGCUGUUGACGCAACGCCAGUAAAAGUGGUUUGGCAUUCGAAAAUUAACCAAAUUGUCACUGGCCUCUCAAAUGGGACGAUUGUCGUGCUUUAUUCACCUGAAACCUCUCUCAAUGGCGCCAAACUACUUCUCAGCAAAGGGCCACCAAGGAAAGUUACGGUUGAAGAUAUGUCAGAUGCAUUGGCAGCGCCUACCAUCCUCACGCCACAUGCCCUCCCCAUGUUUCGCGACAUGGAUCCUGGACACGGUACAAAGAGGAAGCGAGAAAAGGAUAGGUUGGAUCCAAGAAAGAGCAGGCGGCCAGAGUUGCCUGUUACAGGACCAGGAAAAGGAGGACGCGUCGGCGCAAGUGCGACUCAACAUGUGGUUCAAAAUCUAGUUAGAGAUACGACGAGGGAUGUCGAUGUGAGUUUCCAUUUUGUUUUUGUUACGCUUUUUUCCGUGUUGGCAUUGGCUUUGGUGGGCAUCUGA